UACGCUUGUAUCCAUACAUUUGCAUGUCUAUAAGUGUACACACAUGUAUACUUGUUCUUGAAGCAGGUGGAGGAUUGCCCCAAAGAUAAGGCAAAGAGUUGGUAUAACUUAAUUUUAUAUAUACGAUGACUUACUUGGUAUGUUAUACUAUUGCUUUGCAUAAAAUAAAGCUGCCCUCUCUGGGAAGGAAGCUAAAUUUCCGGCUACAUUUGAGGCCAAGGGUGGUACCAAUCGGUGUUUGGAAAACAUUCCAACUGGGAAGAAUUAAAGAAUAUUGUCAUAUACAACGUACUUGGACUUCCAUUGCUUCGCAUGAAAGUUGCCUGUGUCUAAAGAAAGCCUUUAGCAUUAUCCCAUAUAUCCCUGCGGAUUGGGAUCUCUUGUUCCCCUUACUUGAAUAAGAUCGAUGGAAAACGAAGACGCAAAACAAUCAUCCAAGAGGGUGCCUUUCACCCAACUUGAUCAAGUUGACUCUGAUUUUGCCAUGGCAAUGGCAUUGCAAGAACAGGAAAGGGCGUUUUCAAUGCUCGAAACCAUUGAAAGUGAUAGCGAAGAAGAUGACAGCGAGGCAUCCUACGGAAGCAACAACAACAACGACUACGAAUAUUUCGAAGGCCUGGAAGCUGGAGGCGACCUAGAGUUCCUUGAGGGGCAAGACAGCAAUGAUGAUGAAGACAUGGAGGAGGAGGAGGAGGAUGAGAUUGAUCCGGACGAUUUAUCUUACGAAGAGUUGAUUGCUCUAGGAGAGAUUAUAGGAGUUGAGAGAAGAGGGUUAUCUCAGAAUGAGAUUUCUUCAUGCUUGAUUCCAUGGAAGUUCCAAUCUGUUAAGUGCAACACUGGGAUUGAUCGGUGUGCGAUUUGUCAAAUGGAGUACGAAGAAGAGGAAGGUGUAGUUGCUCUUCCUAAUUGUGAACACCCAUAUCAUUCAGAGUGCAUAAGCAAGUGGCUCCAAAUCAAGAGGAUUUGCCCCAUAUGUAGCACUGAGAUUUCUUCAUCCAAGAAUGCUAGGAAUGUUUAGAUGUUUUCAUUCAUCUGUUUGGGCACUGUGAAUUCUUAUGAUCCCAAGUUUAAUUGUACAAUUCUAUUUGAUUGAAAACAAAAUGGACAACAUGUAUACAUAGAAUUUGUACAAGUUGGAAGUUGGAACACAGCUCAAAGACCAAUUUCCAUGAUUAAAGAUUCUUUUCUCCUUACUUUAUAAACCUUUUGCUU